GUUGAUAGGUGACUGGGGGCCUUGCACUCACGCUCGCUAGUUACAUGAAGACAAGUGAAGAUGGCGGACGUGUUGAGUGUUCUUCGCCAAUACAACAUCCAGAAAAAAGAAAUCGUCGCCAAAGGAGACGAAGUUAUCUUUGGAGAGUUCUCUUGGCCCAAAAAUGUCAAGACUAACUAUGUCAUUUGGGGAACUGGAAAGGAGGGUCAGCCCAAGGAGUACUACACCCUGGACUCCAUUUUGUUCCUGCUCAACAAUGUGCAUCUCCCUCAUCCAUCCUACGUGCGAAGGGCUGCAACCGAGAACAUUCCGGUUGUCAGAAGACCUGAUAGAAAGGGCUUGCUGUCCUAUCUCAAUGGGGAAAGUUCUACUUCGACAAGUAUCGACAGAAGUGCCCCCAUAGAGAUUGGUUUGCAAAGGCCAACGCAAGUCAAACGAGCAGCAGAUGAAGUGUCAUCUGAAGCCAAAAAACCCAGGAUUGAGGAUGAGGAACGAGUGCGACUGGACAAGGAGCGUCUGGCUGCUAGACUGGAGGGCCACAAAGAGGGCAUAGUGCAAACUGACCAGAUCAGGUCACUGUCCGAGGCCAUGUCCGUGGAGAAGAUCGCCGCCAUCAAAGCCAAGAUUAUGGCCAAGAAGCGCUCCACCAUCAAGACAGACCUGGAUGAGGAUAUCACACUGAAGCAGAGGAGCUUUGUGGACGCCGAGGUGGACGUGACCAGGGACAUAGUCAGCAGGGAGCGGGUGUGGAGGACCAGGACCACCAUCCUACAGAGCACUGGAAAGAACUUCUCCAAAAACAUCUUUGCCAUCCUGCAAUCGGUGAAGGCCAGAGAGGAGGGACGCGCCCCUGAGCAGAGACCAGCACAGAACACCACUCAGGUGGACCAGUCCAUAAGGAACAAACAGCCUGUCCCAGCUGCUUAUAACCGAUACGAUCAGGAGAGAUUCAAAGGAAAAGAGGAAACGGAGGGUUUCAAGAUUGACACCAUGGGAACAUACCACGGCAUGACCCUGAAGUCUGUGACGGAGGGAGCGUCUGCCAGGAAGGCCCAGACACCAGCCCUGCAGCCCGUCCCCAGACCAGUUUCCCAAGCCAGACCCCCACCAAAUCAAAAGAAGGGCUCUAGGACUCCCAUCGUCAUCAUCCCAGCGGCCACCACGUCCCUCAUCACCAUGCUCAAUGCCAAGGACCUCCUGCAGGACCUCAAGUUUGUGACGUCAGAGGAGAAGAAGAAGCAGGGCAUCCAGCGGGACAACGAGGUGCUGCUCCAGAGACGUAAGGACCAGAUUCAGCCCGGGGGGGCAACGCUCAGCGUCACCGUGCCCUACAGGGUUAUCGACCAGCCCCUCAAACUAGCACCGCAGGACUGGGAUCGUGUGGUGGCUGUGUUCGUGCAGGGCCCUGCCUGGCAGUUCAAAGGUUGGCCUUGGCUGUUGCCUGACGGAUCUCCUGUGGACAUUUUUGCUAAAAUAAGAGCCUUUCAUCUGAAGUAUGACGAGCAGAAGAUGGAUCCCAACGUUCAGAAGUGGGAUGUCACCGUGUUGGAGCUGAGCCACCACAAGCGCCAUCUCGACCGGCCCAUGUUUCUGAAGUUCUGGGAGACCCUCGACAGAUACAUGGUGAAACACAAGUCCCACCUGAGGUUCUGAGCCUGGACCGUGGCCUCCUUCCUCCACAGGUCCCGUCAAGGCAUUUAUAAACCCCCUGCCGCAAACCUAGCCCCCCCCCUUCCUCCUCCCUGCCAGGACUACCUCUAGAAGAGACUGGGUAUCCUACUAGCACUUUGGGCUCCAAGAAAAAGCCCCCGUGUUCAGAUAGUCCUUCAGGAAAAUACCUUCUACCUGGUCUCCAUAGUUACAAGCAGCAGAUGCAGUAAGCAGCAGAUGCAGUAUGUCCCUCUGGACAUGGGGAGGGGAAGUUGGAGUUUCCAAUGUUUUUUCAAGUUCUAAUGUAAAAAAUUAAAAACAACUAUAUCAAAACUAUUUUUUAACAUCAGAACAUCUUACUGUGGAGACUGAGGGGUUGAAGAGAGAGCGAGAUGGAGAGAGAGAGUGGAUGAGGGGGGGAUGGAUAGAUGGAGGUGAGAGAAGAAACCUCUUCUCCUACUAUUUCCUUUGUGAAAUGAAUCCUGUACAUUCCAUGUGAAACAUGAGCUGGCUAAGAAGCCCUUCGGAAAAUCUGGGCGGUGCAAAUUAAAAUCAUUGCUAACCGUAAAGGAUAUGAGACCUCUGUCAGAUUCAUUUUCCUGUGUUUUUAUUUUCUAAAAGGACCCCCCCCCUCCCUGCUGCCUCUCAAAUGGCACCCUACUCCAUAUACAGCACACUACUUUGUCUACCCAGUGUCUAAACACAGGGCCCCAGUCAAAGGGAGUGCACUAUGAAUGGUAUAUGGUGCCAUUUGUGACGGAAACCCAGUUUGACAAAGUGUAGGUAGGCAGCCCAUAGAGAAUUAUAGAGGGGGGCUCUCUUUGUUUCUGUUGUUAUGGUGUCAAAGUGCACAGGCAGCCCAUAGAGAAUUAUAGAGGGGGGCUCUCUUUGUUUCUGUUAUGGUGUCAAAGUGCACAGGCAGCGCCAUUGAGAAUUAUAGAGGGGGGCUCUCUUUGUUUCUGUUGUUAUGGUGUCAAAGUGCACAGGCAGCCCAUAGAGAAUUAUAGAGGGGGGCUCUCUUUGUUUCUGUUAUGGUGUCAAAGUGCACAGGCAGCGCCAUAGAGAAUUAUAGAGGGGGGCUCUCUUUGUUUCUGUUGUUAUGGUGUCAAAGUGCACAGGCAGCGCCAUUGAUGCCAUCUCCAUUUUUGAAGUCGUCAAUUUUCUUAAUCUACUACUUCUGAGAUGGGAAACAAAGGGUACACGGUGUCACCUGGAGUGUGGAGUUUGAACAAGGCGAAGGUUGAAGGUUGCAGUUGUGGAAUGUUUGCUCACCAGCUAAAUAAAUUUGCUGAUCCCUUCUGGUGACCUGGAUGGAUUUUGCAAUCCUUAAGACAUAGGAAGUCCCACCAAGUUGACUACUUGAAAAUGGUGGAGGUCCUCAAUGGCUCUUCUUAUGGGCACUAUGAUGCAGCCCUGAAGCAUCUGAAUGAUGUCCCAUGCGAUCCAAAUGUAUAUAUGAUAUAAGAGCCAAACUUUCCCGAAAACAGACUUUAAAGAAAAUCAACAAAAAGCUAUUCUCUUAUUGAUGCAUAUCAAAGAUCUUUAUGAUUCAGUGGGAUUGAUGUGUCAAUUCCAGCCUUGGCUCAAAAGUUUUUUUUUUUUUUUUUUUGUGCUGUGCAAAUGAAAGGAAUGAUGGCGAACAUUGUUAUGUUAUGUUCACAGUGCAAAUAGAUCAUAAAGCUGGUAGAGGAACGUC